UCGGGCCCGUACACUUCCUGUCCAUUGUUCUCGGCUGAAGCUUUCGCUGUCCUUGGCGUGCCCUGAGCCUCUAGGUCCCAGAGAGAGGCCACGAGUGCCCUUACCCGGAACCGCCAAGAGGAGGAGACUCAGCCCCGGGGCGGCCCCGGCCUGUUUACGGCUUCAGCAGGAGACAGGACAGAGAGCAUCUUGAAGCAAGAGGCUCCAGAAAUGAAGGAAUCUUCCAGUGGGUUGUUGGCAGAAUCUGCCACAGGCAGGGCCCAACAUCUGUUUCGUGACUGGGGUAGAGCUGAUGGUGAGACCAAGGAGCCUAAGUUGGAAGAACAAUUGAAGUCCCCACCAAUGGAAGGAAAAAUGAGUAAAUCUAACACCCCAAUAAAGGGCCAAGGAAAAUUAAUUGGCCAAGAGAGACCUGAUACAGAGGAAAAACCCUUCAAGUGCCUAGACUGUGGAAAAUGCUUUGGCCGAAGCACUCAUCUCAGUCUCCAUCGGAGGACUCACACUGGUGAAAAGCCCUACAAGUGUGGGGAUUGUGGUCGGUGCUUCAGUGAUGGUUCUGCCCUUAUUCGCCAUCAGCGGAUCCACACAGGUGAAAGGCCCUACAAGUGUAAGGAGUGUGGAAAAUGCUUUGGCCGUAGCUCCCAUCUGGAGCUGCACCAGCGGACUCACCUUGGGGAGAAGCCCUAUAAGUGCCCCGAGUGUGGCAAGGGGUUCCGGGACAGCUCAGGUUUGGCCAGACACCAGGGCAUCCAUACAGGUGCCAGUCCCUACAAGUGUGGUACAUGUGGCAAGAGCUUUAAUGACAGCUCAGCCUUCAUCCGUCACCAGCGCAUCCACACAGGUGAAAAGCCGUAUGUGUGUGUGGAGUGUGGCAAGAGUUUCAGUGAUAGUUCAAAUUUCCGUACACACCAGAAAUCUCAUUGGGAGGAAAAGCCCUUCAAGUGCACGACUUGUGCAAAGAGCUAUGUGCGUAGAUCAGACCUUGUCAUACACCAGAGGACACACACUGGUGAGAAGCCUUACCAGUGCAGUGACUGUGGCAAGAGCUUCAACCAGAGGUCUGGCCUCAUCAUCCACCAGACCACUCACACAGGGCAGAAACCCUUCAGCUGUAGCAAGUGUGGGAAGAGUUUUGGGCACCACUCAUAUCUCCUGAAGCAUCAGAGGACUCAUUUUAGAGAGUUUCCAGAGAAACCUCCAGAAUAAAGAGACACGCCCCUUGUUCUUGCCCAGUGACCCUCCUAGAGAUCAUCAACGGGACUUUUAUGUUCAGAUAAGCCAUUCAUGCACCAUGCCUUGUCAGCAGUAUCCAUUUAAGAGAGGGCUAGACGGGAUGUAUGGUUCGCCAUGUGAAUAUGGAACUCAACCUUACUAGUACCAGUGGGGCAGAUCAGCCCUGAAAUUCAAUAGAUGAUCUUAUUUGCCCUCACAGCUAUUACCAAGGUGGGUUUUCUCUUCCCAUCAAGUAGAUGAGAAACCGAUAUCCAUCCUGCCCAGGGGCAUGACGAAAGUUUAGCUGGAGGAGCCAAGAUCAGUUUCCUUUCUGGUUUAGGAAAGACUUAUUAACAUUAUUUUUCCUUGUACUAGAAUUCUAAUACUUUUUCUAAAAGUGCAAUUUGUAAAGUCCAGGAUAUAUGGAGGGGUGCGUCCCACCAUGAUUUUCAGCUUUCCCCCUGCUUGCUAAAAGCCCUCUGAAAUGUUUUAAUCACUGUGGAGAAAAGUCAGAGGACCAUAAAAGCAAUGACAUGUUUUCUAAUACAAAUGCAUGUGGAGGCCCAUCUCACAUAUAUUUUUAUGGUGCCCUUAUGCUCAGUUAUUAGAAUUGUCUUUGGUUUCAUGCCCUAUAUCUUGUGGAAUGACUUCCUCAAAGAAGCCUGAGCCAAUCCUUUAUUUCAAGCCACUAGAGUUUCUGGGUACAUGUUUUUGUGAUACGAAUAUGGUCCAAACCCCUCCUUUUAUAGGUAAGGAAAUAGAAGUAAAUUGAUUCACCCAAUGUCAUAAAGGAACUUAUAUGCAGACCAAGAACGUGAACCCAGAUCUUGAUUUUCUGUCAAUUGUUUCUUCUGUCAUAUAAUGUUACAAUAAUCAUAUUGCCUUGGCAGUUUUAUUGCUAAAGCACCUCAAUUAGAGAAUGGAAAGCUAUGCCAUGGCAAAGAACUGGAAACUAAGGAGUUGUCCAUCAGUUGGGGAAUGGCUGAACAAACUACGGUAUAUGAAUACUAUACUUAGCAUAAGAGAUGAUGAAAGGAAGAGUUUUGGGGAAAUCUGAGAAGACUUUUCUGAACUAAUGCGGAGUGAAGUGAGCAGAACCAAGAGAACAAUUUAUAUAAUAAUAACAUUGUAAAGAUAACUUUGAAAGUCCAUUAUUGACUCUAAUCAAUGCAAUAACCAACCAGGACUCCAGAAAAAUGGUAUAAACCUUGUUAUUCCAGGAAGUAGCGAUGGACUCAAAAUGCAGAAUGAAACAUACAUUUCUAGACAUGGACAAUGUGGGAACUUGUUUUGCUUGACUAUGCACAUCUCCCUUUACCCUCCCCCCACCCCUGCCCCAAAGAGAGGAAAUGGCAGGUGGGA